AUGGUGAGCUCUGCUCAGCGUGGCGACAGAGAAUGUCAUGUGGUAGUACUGUUAGACGACGAUACGGUUGACUGGGACGAGGAGUACCCGCCACAAAUGGGCGAGGAAUAUAGUCAGACAGUUAACAGUACCGCCAUGUACAGGUUCUUUAAGUACAUCGAGAACAGAGACGUCGCCAAGCAGCGACCCUUCAUUCACAUGUCGUGGGAAAAGGAAGAGGCGAAGAGCAGGCAUGUGGACUUCCAAUGCGUCAAAUCAAAAAGUGUCACAAAUUUAGCAGAGGCCACCGCAGAUCCAGCUUUGGAGCUUGAUUCUAGAGGUGAGGUAUUUGGUUCUUAG